AUGGCAGGUCAGGUUGUGAGCAUCCUGGUCCUUGUUGCUCAACCGCAGCCUACCGUCAGCCGAAAUUUGACGCGCUUCCGCGACUUCGUGUUCGAUGAGAAGUGGGCUCAGCACGGCUGGUACAUGAAUGCAUGGAUGGACGGUCUCAUGAAGGCGCUGCUGCCCAUCCACAAGACCUUGAUGAACAAUACGCGCCUGCUCGCAUUCGACCUUCGCGCAAUCGUUCUUUGCCCUCCGACAUGUCCGCCUAUGCGCCUCAGAUCCUCGGCCGCUCAACACCCUCAUCGAGUAGCGAAACUAGCUCUGUAG